CACGGCCCCGGCGCUGCGGCCGCCCCGAGCCACCCGCGGAGCGAGAGCCGCGCCUCGCCCCCCGCUCCGCCAUCGCUGCGCCCCGAGCCAGGGCCGGCAGCCGGCGAAAAAUCCCUCUAUCCUGGAAGAAUGGUGAAACUGGGGAAUAAUUUCAGCGAGAAGAGCACAAAGCAGCCCCUUUUGGAGGAUGGAUUUGACACCAUCCCCUUGAUCACACCCCUGGAUGUCAAUCAGCUCCAGUUCCCACCUCCUGAUAAGGUUGUGGUCAAAACAAAAACAGAAUAUGAACCUGACCGCAAGAAGGGAAAGUUCCGUACUCCUAAAAUAGCUGAAUUCACAAUCAGCAUCACUGAAGGGGUUUCAGAAAGGUUUAAGGUAACUGUGCUGGUCCUUUUUGCCCUUGCAUUCUUAACGUGUGUUGUAUUUCUGGUAGUCUACAAGGUUUACAAGUAUGAUCAUACCUGUCCAGAAGGAUUUGUUUUCAAGAAUAAUCAGUGCAUUCCAGCUGGCUUGGAAAACUACUACUCUGAACAAGACUCCAGCGCUCGAGGGAAAUUUUACACGGUCAUAAACCACUACAACCUGGCCAAACAAACCAUCACGCGCUCCGUGUCCCCCUGGAUGACAGUACUGUCAGAAGAGAAACUCUCUGAACAGGAGACUGAAGCUGCUGAGAAAUCAGCUUAGUAUGAUAAGCUAAUUAUUAAAACUAUGUCAUUUGAAGGUAACUAAGGGACUUCAAGGAACUUUUCAUUAAAUAUAAUUAUGGAUAAUUUAGAGGUUACUCAUGUUUAUGGUGUAACUGCUUCUGUUUGCUGAUACUGCUUUGCAAAAAAAAAAAAAAAGAAAAAAGUGAAAACAAAAACUUGCUGCAGAACAUUCAUGGGCAUAACCCCAGGUGCAUAUCAGCAUUGCUGUAGAGCUUUGACACCAUUUUCAAUGUUAAAAAAAACUCCAAUGUUAGAUAUGUUCUUGCAGUUUAUUGGAUACUGAUAGAUUUUGUCACUGGAUUUUCAGGGCUUGAACCUUAGAUAAAUCAUGUGUUCUGUUGUCUGAACAGAUACUUAAUUUAUUAAGUUUUUGAAUUCUUUGUCAUUUUGCAAACUGAAACACCCCAGCCAUAACUAGAGUGAUCUCUUGUUUAGCUGAAAGCUGUAAGUAAUGUUUAGUUUGGGCUCAAGCAGGAAUGAUAGUCAGCACUGACAUCGGGGCAUAAUGUAAUGACUUGUACGGAGAAAGAAACUGUCAGGUCGCAUUUUUCCUUCCAUUUCCUUUCCUGUUUUUGUAAGUGAUAAUGAAGUUCUCUGCAACAAGGCAUGCUCAAUGUUUUCUUAUUGCUGUCAGCAGGAUUUAACUGCAUUUCCACUGUGGCUUUAGCAUCUUGGUAAGGAUGUGCACUGAAACACAAACUAGAUAGACUUAUGGAAAAACACAGGCAGUUUUAGUGGUGGGUGUUGAGGAUAGUGUAAAAAAUAUACAGUUCAGGAUGUUCUAAUGAGAAAUGACAUCUUUUGAUCAUACUGAAGAGGCAGAAAGCCUAUUCACAGUACAUGUAGUCCACUAUGUCAUUUGUUGGAUACAGCUGAAGGAGUAAUAUGUCUAAAUUUUCUCCUGUAUUACAUCACAUUUUCCCUUUUUAUUAGUUAGAAAGAGCUUUCUGUUUAUGUAUGGUUUGCAGUUUGAUACUUUUUAAAACAUGGAGCAUCACAAGUGAAACAGUAGCGUGUUAGAUACCACAACUGGCUGUUAAAGCUCCAUGUGAAAGAGAGUGAAGAGUAGAACUGUUUGUGUAUGGCUUGGGAGGGGAAAAGAUGUAGAAGAACAUAGUAUUGUGGAUGCACGUUAAAGUUCCAUUGUAAUUACAAACUUACCUAUUCUUUGUGUGAGAUCAUGUUUUCAUUUUUAUUAUAAAUCUUAAAUAUACAUUAUAAAAAGACAUCUUAUUAAUUUAAUAUACAAAAAUGUGAAGCAUCUGGGCAAGCAAGUUGCCUUUUUUAUUCAUGUAACUUGAAUGGGACAAGGGAGAGUGGACAUGUCAAAAGUUCCUUUCUUUUAAGGGGAAAACAUCAGUAAAAGCUGUUUCUCAAGAUUUGUAGUAGAACAAAUGUGGUCAUAUCUACUUCUGUUUUUCUCCGGCAGAAGCCUGUCAUCCCAAUACAGUAAAAAUAACCAUUAUGACUCAGUGCUCUAAAUUUGAUAGGAAAUGUGCAUUACGCAGUGCAGCUGUGAAAGGCUUUUAUUAAGUCAUCAUGGUAUGUGGAAUGCCUAAGAAGCAAUAAGCUAUGUGCCAAAUUUUUCUUUGCAAUUAAAAAUAUUAAGCUUAUGUGAAGAUCUUUAAAACAUACCAUGUUUGCAUUUUCUAACAGGUAUCUGCUUUAUUGAAUACAAUUGAUUCACAUGUAACUUUUGACAUUUUCACUCUAUGCAUAGUAAAGAAUAAGAAAGAUGCUACCUGUUGCAUAAAAUGUAAAGAAAUAUACAUUUCAGAAGAGAGAUGGGAAAACACACACAUUUCAUAUCAGCAUACUUAUAGAGGACAUUCAGAUUUUACAGGAUGGAAAGGUCUGUUUCCCAGGACUGUUCUAAAUAGAAAUGAUUCACGAUACAUCUCCUCCCCUUAAAUUUAGGACAAUAAAAACUUUAAUGCAAAAGUAAAUACUGAUGAGAAACAACUUCUUUUUCUCCUCAUAACAAUAAACAAUAAAAAUUAGUAAGCCUUAUGAGCUAGGAGAAACAGAUUGUUUAUGCUUCUUGAAGACAAAACCAUUUUCUGUCUGAUUAAUCAGGAGGGAGUUUAUUGACUCUUAUCUACACUUGGUUUUGAGACUUUUUUUAGUUAACAGAUUGCUCCCAGGUUUAGUACUUUGAGGAGUUGAAUUGUCUAUCCUUUGGCUUUAUUCCAGCAUCCCAGAACAUCUGUUUCAUUGCACAGUCUGUUUGUGUUGUAUUCUCUCUUUUCACUUACAAGUAAAGCUCUCUCCUUGACUCCUUAUCAUUAUUAGUACCAUUAGAUCAAGCUGAUUUCUGAGACAAGUAGUUUCAAAGGAUUAGAAGUAAAGGUCAUUUAUGUGCAAAGUGCUCACUGUGUACUGAAGUGGUGUGAUGAAAUAAACGCCUGAGACAGCGUA